GUUUGUGGCAGUCACUGAUAGAGUGAAGGGAAGGUCAUUUCCUCUUCAGGAAAACUACAGAGUGGCGUAAGCACUUAAAACACAGAAAUGUCAGGUGGUGUAAUGGGGGAGAAAUGUGUUACAGAGGACUCAAAGCGGACAGAUACAGAGGAGAAGGAAGAACACACCUGCAGCACAGGUGAGACUCCAACUCUUCAGGAGCUUGAGGAGAUUUUACAUUCAGCUCCUCGCUCGUGUCACCAUGUGGAUGAGGUGUGGCCGAGUCUUUUUCUGGGGGACAUGUUUAUGUCUCAUGAUAAGUUUGGACUCUGGCAGCUGGGAAUCACUCAUGUGCUGAACGCCUCCCACGGGAAACUCUGCUGCAAAGGCACUGAUGAUUUCUAUGGAACCACGGUGAAGUAUUACGGUGUGCCUGCCAACGACCUACCAACUUUCGACCUCUCGCCUUUUUUCGACCCUGCUGCAGAGUUUAUUCACCAGGCUUUAUCAUCAGGAGGGAAGAUUUUUGUCCACUGUGCUGUGGGAGUGAGCCGCUCGGCUGCGCUGGUUUUGGCCUACCUGAUGAUCCGUCAUGGCUUCAGUCUUCGCUCUUCAAUACGCUGUGUGCAACAGAAGCGUUGGAUUUUCCCUAACAGGGGAUUUCUACGACAGCUUGUGGACCUUGAGCAAACACUGCAUGUCGAAAGACAAAAAGAGCUGAAAUGAACAUUUCUUUUAUCAUUUGGUUAAAUUGGUUAUGCCUGUUUCCUGUUGUUAUCGUUUAUGGAUGAGUUUGGCCAAAUGCAGGCAGGAGGCAGGCAGAAUCACUGUUAUUGGAUUUUUAUCAGAUG